AUGACACAUUCAGGUAACAUAAUAUCAGCAGAUAACACUGAUAAUGAAUUUGAUGAUAUUUCGUCGUUUUCCUCAAUCGAUUCCUAUCAACCAGAACCAUUCACAGGAUUGAAAGGUAACGAACUCCCAAAUGCACAACCCUCCACCACAGCAACAACAACAGAACAAGAUCACGACGAUACCGUCAUUUCGUCACAUUCUCACGAUACCAAACAUGGCGAAGAACCAUCAAGGACAAGCACAGCGACUUUGAAAAAAUUAGACUCAAACGUGAAUGAUAUUGAAAAAACCAUGACUACAAACAUCAUGAAUGAUAAGACUGAAACAUUGGAUUCUUUAGUGAAACAAGGGCUUAAUACUCGUAAGAAAUCAGUGGCUGAUAUAAACACUCCUUUGAAUGCUGGAACCGCUGAAUUCCCUGAGGAAUAUAGAAUUGAGACGGAAACAGGAUUAGUGAAAGCUAAGACCAUUGAAUCAUUGAGAAGGCAAGAAUCUAUUGCUUCAGCGAAUUCUAGAAGGAGUCAAGAUCAAGGUUCUUUCAAAUCGGCAAGGACUAAUAAUACGAGGAAAAGUCGGGCUUCUUCUUCUUUGGAUCCAAAUAAAUUAAAUAUGGCUGUGGAGAAGAAUAAAAAGGAAUUAGAAAAAUAUUCAAAACAUAAACAACAAAAAGGUAUUAAAGGGUUCUUCAAUAGGUUAUUUGAUUAA